GGCAGCGUCGGGAACGUCAAGCCCUCUUUUCUCUCCUCUUGACGUCCGGCCCUGGGCCACGACGCCGCGGCCUCCACGGGCCAGGGGAUCGCAAUAUUAACGAAAGUGACGGCGGAUAGCGGUUUCCCUUCGCGUGCGCAUAGACCACCAGCAAACCUCCGGCACACCGUACUUUUUUUUAACUGCUACACUUUUCCCAUAUCUAUCGUAAGAACGCGUGCGCGCGCGCGCUCGCGCUCCUGCUGUUUCACUUGUUCGUUCGGUUCGGUUCGUUCGGUUCGUUCGUUCGGUUCGUUCGUUCGGUUCGUUCGUUCACUCGCUCGCACCCCCCUCGAACCCCAACUUGGAUCGCAUUUCGCGCUAUCGCUGCUCCUCUAUUCUUUUUCUUCCUCCUCCUCCUCCUUUUACACAUCCUUCUACUCCUCCUCCUUCGCUUUCUCGUACAGACGCGACUUCUCUUUGUCCUAUACGCCUUUCAGUUCUCUCCUUCCGUUCCGUACUCUUCGAACAAGCUGAACCUUUCUUCUUCGUUCCCCUCUCUCCCCCUCCGCCCGCCCGCCCGCCCGCCUCGCCUAACCUCGCCCCCACGUCGGUGAUUGCAGUUCGAUUGCAGUGAUCGUUCGUUACUUUUUUUUCUUCCCGGUUGAUUCUAUUUUUUAUUGGUUUCCUUUUGGGAGAACAAGAAAGAAAGAGAGAGAAGAGGAAGAAGAAAAAAAGAAAUAAGGAUCGUGUGAACCAACGCAAGGAUCCUGUUCAACGCCAAAGAAGAAGAUACUACUUGCUACCUACGACUUCGUGCCACGAUUUCUCCUUUACCGCUACCCUCAACCCCCCAUUCCCUCCCCAGCUCCCACCACCUCAUCCUCUCAUCCUUUCUGGUGGACAGUGUUUUUUUUGCUCGUAUCAAGAACGAAGGGCUUUAACACUUUUUGGUGAUAUCUCUUAAGAAUCUUGUGCUACGACUUUACGCAAAGAUGCUAUCGAGCUAUGCUCGACGUGACCGACGGAAGAAAUCCGCUUAAGUUUAUCCUGCCAAUGGUGCAGAAGUCUCCGGUUAAGUUUUAUUUGAAAAUCGACGUACGCGUCUAACUCGCGAACGAAUGAAUUUCGAAGUUCCAUUUUUUUUUAUUCUUACAAGUCGAAGACGCAAUUUUUCUCACAAAGUGUCCGUCGUACGAGGCAGUCUUUGAACUCAAACCGGAGAGGCUAAAGUUCUUCUUCUUCUUCUUCUUCUUCUUCUUCUUCGAGAGUUCUCUUGGUGAUUUAUCGGAAGGAUAAAUUCGCGUCGAUCGGCCACGUCGUUCUCUCUUUCUCUCUCUCUCUCUCUCUCUUUCUCUUUCUCUUUCUUUCUGUCUUUCUCUCUGCAACGACACGAUCGGAGCGUCGGACGACAGCAUCAACGGCGGCAAGAGAACCGGCGGAAUCCACCGCCGCGUUUCCAGCUGGUUAACCGAGCUCAGAAUGUACUGGUGGAGACAGCGCUGGGUCAUGGCGAGAUGCUGAAGGAAGUCGGCUGCGGAAGUAGUACUCCCCCUGCUGGGGAUGGUGCUUUGAACAGCAACCGUCCGGUUGGCACGGCGGAGAGCAACAGUUCAGAUAGCACCCUUGGCUGCGGUGGGUGCGGAAGGGAGAUAGCUGAACGUUGGUACCUAAAGGCAGCCGAUCGUGCCUGGCACUGCGGUUGUCUUCGUUGCGGUCACUGCCGGAUGCCUCUCGCCGGCGAACGCACUUGUUUCGCUAGGGACGGCAACAUUUACUGCAAAGAGGAUUACUACAGAUUGUUCGCGGUAUCGAGAUGUUCCCGGUGCCGUGCUGGGAUCUUUCCUUCGGAGCUGGUGAUGAGAGCACGGGACCUGGUCUACCACGUGGCCUGCUUUACUUGCGCUUCCUGCGGUAUACCAUUGAACAAAGGCGAUCAUUUUGGGCAGAGAGACGGCUUGGUAUAUUGUAGACCGCACUACGAGUUGCUUUGCUGCGCCGGGGAUUACGGAAGCGGCACUGGCAGCAUCGACGACAUCGGUUCGCCGGGAGUCUCGCCGCUUCCGGCUUAUUACAGCACGGCCGAGCAGAGUCCGAUCGCGUCCUCGGGAACGGUACAGAAGGGAAGACCAAGGAAGAGGAAACUUUCCGAAGUCACCGGGUCCGAGCUUCCUGUUACGAUGAGGCUGGCCGCCGGAGCGCUGGAAUUACUACAUCCGACCGAAUUAUCAUCGUCGAUGGAAUCGCUCGCGGCGUACGACGCAUCCGUAGGCUCGCCCGGACCCGUUCAUCAGAGCCAAAGAACGAAACGCAUGCGUACGAGCUUCAAGCAUCAUCAGCUGAGAACUAUGAAGAACUACUUCGCGAUAAACCAGAAUCCAGAUGCUAAAGAUCUGAAGCAAUUGGCGCAGAAGACGGGUCUCUCGAAGAGGGUGCUUCAGGUAUGGUUCCAAAACGCACGCGCAAAAUGGCGGCGGAAUAUGAUGCGGCAAGAGGGUAGCGGAGCAAGCAGUAACGUUGGUUGUCCUGGUACUCCGGUGUCAUCGAGUACAGCAGGUUCACCAAACGUCGCUCCGCCCGUUAGCAUCCUAGGUGACAGUAACAGCAUGCCCUCGACCUCGAUGGAAGAGUUGCACGCCCUUCAUCAUUUGCAUUCCGGUGUUUCCUCUCAGGUCUCUUUUUCCGAUCUCUACUGACGACGGCUUGAGAUGGAGGAAGACGGUUAUAGUACCCUCUCCAGCCAUCUUGGAUGAGAAAACGUCAAGGAAGAAGAUACGGACUUCUCUCUUUUUUUUUUUUUUCUUAUCAUCGAAGGACGUUAACGUCCAAUUAGUGAAAACUCCUGAUGAUAACGGUCAAGGAUACUCGUGGAAAUCCUUUAUUAUUUAUCAUUCUUCGAAUACAUUUUUUGAACCAAAAAAAAAAAAAAAAAAAGAAAAGAAAACCCCAUCGACAAAAUUAUUCACGAAGAAAUUGAAUUUUCGUUUAAAAUAAAUAAACAGAGAUAUAGAGAAGUCUUUAUCGUUGACUCGGGAAAAUUCUUAUAGAAAAAAAGGAGAAGAGACGAGAGAUUAGCUUUAAAAGAUAAGUGAUAAUAACCAUAGUUCCAUGCACAUUUUAAUUACCAAAGGGUUUCUAAACGAUAGUCACUCUCUCUCUGUCUCUCUCUCUCUCUCUCUCUUUCUCUCUCUCUCUCUCUCUCGUGGAAAACGUACUCCUGUUUAAGUACUUAGAUGUGAGAGAGAAACGCCAUUAGAACACGAUUAACGAUCAUCGACGAAUAAAUUCAUUCUCUCAAAUAGAACCUCGAUAUUAAUUAUUUCUAAUUAUUAUCGAAUACAUCAAGAAUCCCGAUAAAAAAAAAAUGUUAACGAAUUUUUCCUACAUGGAUAAAUGAAAUUUAAUUAUUUUCGUUCGUACGUGUUCAAUUCGGCGACAACGAGUAAAAAUUCGGCAUUUUUCUGACCAAUUUUCGUUCGUCACAUCUUCCUCUUUUAUUUUUUAUUUAUUUUUCUUCGUAAAAAAAAAAAAAGAAUUAUUUGAGAGACGUCGAGACGUCGUUUAGCAAACACGUUACGGUAAUAUCGGAUCGAACGUGUGUUAUAGUUGAAAAGUAAAAAAGUCGAUAAAGAAAGUAGAGAAAAAGUUUUGCAUAUAAUAGAAAUGUGACGAAGACGAGAGAAAUAAAAAUAAAAAUAAGAAAGAAAAAAAAAAAGAAAAAGAAAGAAAACCUUUUGAUAAAUAAUAACGAUCGACGGUUAAACUUAGGGAAAAAAAAAAUAAUGUCUUAACAGCGUUCCUCUCCUCGUGCCAAAGUGUAGCUGCUAAGAUUAGGGAGAAUUUCACGAGCCGUUCGAAUUCAAUAGAUUACAAGCGAUAUAUUUUUUCAAGAAAGUUGUCGGCAACAACCAGUCAGACACUUCCCGAUCGUCGAUCGUACGAUCGUUCGUUCGUUCGUUCGUUCGUUCGUUCGUUCUUCUUCCGGCUUUUCAAAUCGCAUUUGAAUAAGCGAGAAAAUAAAUAAUAUAAAGAAAAAGAAAAAGAAAAGGAAGAAGAAGAGAAAUUUCUCGAUCUUAUCAGAAAUAAAUCGACAAGUUCGAUUUAUCGGUUUAACGAUAUACUAAAUCGAUCGACGUUUCGAGGAAGCGUUCACAUUCCAGGUCUGUCUUUGAAUCCGAACGUAAGUACGGCUCUGACCACUGCUCAAACAGUUGAUGUAUAUUAGAAGCAAAACAGAACAAAAAUUGAUGCAAACAUUUUUAGAAGAAGAAGAAAAAACACGGAAAAUAAUUUUAGAUAGAAUCCGACGUUUUGUAUCUAUAAACGAAGGAAACAAAUAAUUUAAAUAAAAUCGAGAUAAUCGUUAGAUCGAUCGCCCGAUUUUUUAUUCGUUAUUUGGCGACACUUCCUACAGAGAAAAAAAAAAAGAAAAGAUAAAUAAAUAGAAAUAAAAAACGUCUUGCAUCGAAUAAAAGAGCCGAAUUGAAGUCGUGCGUUUUAGGUACUACUUGCGCGUAGCGUUUAGCGACGAUUAAUGUGCGUCUGAACUUCGUAAAAAAAAAAAAAAAAGAUGAACCAGUUUACGAUAUGGUUUAACGAAAGUAAAAUUAAAAAAAAAAAAAA